GCAGGAAAAGUUUUUACCUGACGGUAUUGUUUUCUCUCUCUUUGAGAGUCCCUGUCGGCGGUGGGUGUGCAGCAGAGCAGAGGCGGGCAGACUGCUGGUGCACAGGCCGGGCCCAGUGCUGCAGGUUGUCCGGUAGGGUGUCUGAGUCUGUGCCUGCAGAGCCUUAAACAAGCACGCUGUUGAUGUCAGGAGCAAGAGGAGGGGGAACUGGCUGAAAACUGACGGUCAUCUCCUGCAGGGAAACAAACCAGCACCGCAAGUCAUUCUCCUGUAACCGAAGGUUUCAACUGUCACCGGAUCAGACGCGUUCACAGGCGCCGCUCGCGUUUUUUGUAGGAGGGGGUGGGGGCGAUUAUUUAAUGGGACAACGAAAACGCAAAAAACGCAAGGUAGGCUCCGCUCCUGUCGCCAGCACUGCUACUUCAUUUACAUAGAGCAACGACACACGGGGGGGUUGAGAAAUGUUUACUAGCCAGAUAAACUCCGUGUCGACGAAGGCAGCGUUCGGUUUCUAGCACUAACUGGACGUGGACGGGGAUAUUUUUUGUAGGUGUUUGAACGCUAACAUUUUGUUGUAGGUCAGGCUUCACCUCUCUCUCCUUCAUGCCUCAACCGAGCAAACCACAUGAGAAGUCGACGUCCGGAGUAGACUAAACCGCAAACAAAGCCCCCGCGAACCGCGUUUUUUCUGUCGCUUUCACCUGAACCGACAAAGAGAAAAUGCGUGUGGGACUGUUUUGGAUAUGUUUGUGGUGCUUCCUUCGUCCUGGUGCCGCCGGUCAAGGGCAGUCGACGGCCGUUUGUUCCCCCGCAUGCAGCUGCGAUGAAGAUGGAGGUGCAGACUGCUCCGGCAGAGGACUGACCACCGUCCCGCCCGGACUCAGUGCUUUCACCUACUAUCUUGACCUGAGCAUGAACAACAUCACGGAGCUUCCAGCCUAUGUAUUCAAGAACUUCCCCUAUCUCGAGGAACUCCGCCUUGCGGGGAAUGACCUGUCAUUCAUCCACCCUGAAGCACUGUCUGGCCUGCAUCAGCUCAAAGUCCUGAUGCUGCAGAAUAAUCAGCUGAAGACGGUGCCUGCUGCAGCCUUGAAGAGCCUCCAUUCUCUCCAGUCACUGCGUCUGGACGCAAACCACAUAACCACGGUCCCAGACGACAGCUUCGAAGGCCUGCAGCAGCUGCGCCACCUCUGGCUGGACGACAACAACCUGACGACGGUCCCCAUCGGCUCCCUGAGGCACCAGGCCAACCUGCAGGCUCUGACGCUGGCGCUCAACCGCAUCUCGCACAUACCAGACAACGCCUUCGCAAACCUGACCAGUCUAGUUGUGCUGCAUCUUCAUAACAACAGAAUUAAAGCGAUAGGCGACAGCUGCUUUGCUGGACUCCUGAACCUGGAGACACUAGAUCUGAACUUCAACAACCUGAUGGUUUUUCCCAAAGCGAUCGAGGCUCUGCCCAAACUGAAGGAACUUGGCUUUCACAGCAACAAUAUUGCCUCCAUACCUGAAGGGGCCUUCCAUAACAACCCCCUGCUGCGAACCAUACAUCUCUAUGACAACCCUCUGGCCUUCGUGGGCGCCUCGGCAUUCCAGAAUCUGUCUGACCUGCACUCCCUAAUGCUGCGUGGGGCCAGUAUGAUGCAGGACUUCCCCAUCCUUACGUGGACUAACAACCUGGAGAGUCUGACCUUGUCCGGAACCAAGAUAUCGUCCAUCCCUGCAAAUCUUUGUGAGAAUCUCAAGUUGCUGCGGACGCUAGACCUGUCCUACAACGAGAUCAACGAGCUCCCGUCUCUUCAAGGCUGCGUCCACCUGCAGGAGAUAAGCUUUCAGCACAACUACAUCGGUCAGAUCGAGAGAGACACCUUCCAGGGUCUCUCCGCUCUGCGUUUACUAGACCUGAGUAGAAAUGAAAUCCGAGUCAUCCACUCAGACGCUUUCCGGUCCCUCACUGGACUCACCAACCUAGAUCUCAGUGUGAACUCUCUCGCCGUGAUUCCGACGACCGGACUGAGCGCCCUCGGUCAGCUGAAACUCUCGGGAAACCCGCAGAUGAAGAACGUGCUGAGUGCCAAAAAUCUACCCAAACUCAGGUCCAUCUCGGUCCCGUACGCCUACCAGUGCUGCGCGUUUGUCGGAUGUGACUCACUGACGAGCUCCUCCGAGGAAAGUGACGUGAAGAAAUCUUCAGCAAAGGAGGACGUGGAGCGCGUGCCUAUGAUCAUGCACUGCUCUCCCUCGCCCGGAGCUUUCAAGCCCUGCGAGCACCUCCUGGGGAACUGGAUGAUCCGCCUGACUGUCUGGUUCAUCUGCCUGGUGUCGCUGGUCUUUAACGGGCUGGUGCUGGCGGCCACCUUCUCCCCCGCGUACAGAGCUGCAGGUCUCCCCCGCUCCCUGUCCGUGCCUCUGCCUCCGGCCCGGCUGCUGAUGGGGCUGCUGGCCCUCGCCAACCUGCUCACGGGCGUGUACGUCGGCGUGCUGACGGUGCUGGACGUCGCCACCUGGGGCUCCUUUGCCGAGUUUGGCGUGUGGUGGGAGAUGGGGCCCGGCUGUCAGAUCACGGGAGCCCUGGCCGUGUUCUCGUCGGAGUGGGCCGUGCUGUUGCUGUCGCUGGCGGCGGUGGAGCGCAGCGUGGCCGUGCGGACGAUUCUCGGGAAGGUCAUGAUGUCGCCAAGGAGGAGCGGCAGCGGGCGUCGAGGUUGUUUCAGAGGAGACCGGCGCUUCGGCCUGGCCGCGGGGCUCCUGGGGCUGCUGGCCGCCGCCGCCGCGUGCCUGCCUCUCCUGAGCACCAGCGAGCAGUCGGCGUCUCCUCUGUGUCUGCCCUUCGCCGGCGGCGACAGCCCAGCUCUGAGCGUCACCGUGUUUCUGGUGCUGCUCAACGCGCUGGCGUACCUGUUCACCGCGGCCGUGUACACGCAGAUGUACUGUCACCUGGGGAGGGUGGAGCUCGCUGACCCAGAGCAGACGGGUGCCCUGCGACACGUAGCCUGGCUCAUCUUCACCAACUGCAUCUUCUUCUGCCCGGUAGCGGCUUUCUCCUUCGCCCCCCUCCUCACCGGCUCCACGGCCGGCGGCCCGGAGAUCGCCAAGUCCGUCACCCUCAUAUUCUUCCCGCUGCCUGCGUGCCUGAACCCUGUGCUGUACGUGUUCUUCAGCCCGGCCUUCAGGGAGGACUGGCUGAGGCUACGCGGGCGCGGGGGUCUGAGCAGGGAGGUGAAGGCCGGCGCCGACGGCCACGGAGACGACGGCGGCGCCGGGUCGGAGCUCACAGACGGAGGCUCCUCCACUCACCUGGGCUGCGACUGUGGCGUGUACUCGCAGCUCUGUGGAGAGACGGUCGCGUGCGAGCAGUGCGACGCAGCGCUGCAUGCCAGGACCUGCUCUUCCGCCUCGUCCUCGGCAGUCUGCAGACACUUAGUGAAGUCUCACAGCUGUCCCACCCUCCUGGCGGGAGCGGCCGUGUGCCAGCACGCCGGCGGGUUCUGGGCCGACAGCGGCACGCCCUCCGCUCAGUCCGAGUACGCCGACGAGGGGGACUCGUUUGUGUCGGACAGCUCGGACCAGGUCCAGGCCUGCGGCAGGGCCUGCUUCUGUCAGACCAGAGGCCUUCCCCUCGUACACUACUCAUACAACAUACCUCGAGUCAAGGACUAAAGGCGCCUCACGUCUCAUCUGCCGCGUGAACACGGACGCUACGGAAAAA